AUGGCCAUGCCUGAGAGAAGCGCGCCCCUUAGAGUCAUCAUCAUUGGCGGUGGACUCAGUGGCUUAACGUUAGGACAGCUUCUUGCAGAUGUACCGAGUAUCAGAGUGACGCUCUAUGAGCGUAGUAGAGGCCCGGUCGACAGGCUCUCUGGAUAUCGUGUUAUGUUAUCUUCUUUCGUUCUUCGAAAUCUCAAAGGAAAGCUUCAACACGAUGUGUGGCAGGAGAUUGCGCCCAGUAUUGGUAUCCAACCGGGUGGAGGUCAAGAGAUGAAAUUUGUGAAAAGCAAUGGCGACCCAAUAUUCACAUGGUUACCGGAGGAGAUACAAGAUCAAUUCUCGGUGUCGCGUUGGCGCCUCCGAGAAGGACUUUUGCAUUGGAGCGAAUCCUUCGCGCGAUUCGGGAAGAAGUUCGACAGAUAUGAGAAAUUGCAAAAUGGAAUAGUGAGAGUUCACUUCACGGAUGGAUCAAUAGAUGAAUGUGAUUUAUUGGUUGGCGCCGACGGUCUAAAUUCUAGAGUGAGGAAACAAAUGUUUCCGCUGUCCCGGAUACGACCUAUGGAUGUUGCGGUGAUCUACUUCAAGAUCCCAUUAACGAAGGAAACAUUCGAAUUAGCGGGUUCGCAUAGCGGAGUUAUGGCCUUUUGUCCUGGAAACCAGAAUAUAUUGGUACAUUCUUGGCAGAAUCCAAUGAAACCUUGGGCAACAGAAUUUACAACAGAAGAAACUGAUCCUUCCGAAUCAUUUAUUAUGUAUGGUUAUGGCAGUCCCGCAAGUGCCUUCAUUAACAAAACCAAACGACCGGAGGAAUUAUCACCGGCAGAAUUGAAGACUGAGAUAAUUACUCGUUCAAAAACAGACCGAAACAUACAUCCCAACUUUUUACGAUUAGCUGAGAUGUGCUUGACAAAUACGGCGUAUCUACACAUGGUCAAGAAAUGUGAUUCGGUAAAGCCAUGGGACUCAACUAGUGUGACGUUAAUAGGAGAUGCAGUUUUUAAUAUCAUGACCACCCUAGGGAAGGGAGCGAAUUGUGCCCUUCUUGACGCCGUUUCUCUCGCCGAAACACUCUCACCACCCAUUUCCCCACCCUCCACGUCACAAGGCAACAAUUUCCAGCUCACCUCAGAUGAUAACCCUCAAUCGUCGCGCAAAUUUGUAGGCACGAUAGAACUUCGUCCUGCGCUCCGCACUUUUGCCGCGGAAAAUGUUAAACGUCGCCAUCGGGAACGACAAAGAAGUGCAUUUCUCCAAAAUCUCGUGUACUUUGGCGACAACAAAUUCAAAGAAUAUUGCCGCGAAAGAGUGCUCAAAAAUGCUCUAGGAUGGGUUACUGGAACCAAGGGUAUGAAGAAGGAACUAUAUGGUGCGAGGGGCGAGACGAGAGAUGUGGGUGGUUUGUUAUCCCCUAAAUUUCCGACAAGUGAGGCCGACGGAAAACUUGAUCACGCGGAUGAGGAAUCUAUUAUGGAAAGACAGAGUUUUUUGGAGAGAGGUUGGGGUUUAGUUAGAGCUGAUGAAUUGGACUCGGAGUGUGUGAGCGUGGCGUCGAUAUCGACGCGUGAUUCGAAGAGUACGACGGCUUCUUCAUCGGUGGUAAAGUCGAAUGAGUGUUUGGCAAGGAACUGA